CCGGGGCUGUUUGAAAGUCGGGCGCGCACCGGAGGGCGGCGGUUCGGCCAGCGGCUGGGAUGUCGGUGUUAAGGCCGCUAGACAAGCUGCCCGGCCUGAACACGGCCACCGUCCUGCUGGUGGGCACGGACGACGCUCUUCUGCAGCAGCUGGCGGGCUCCGUGCUCGAGACGGACUGCGCCUCGGAGCUGAGGGUCCACCUGGCCAGGUCCCUCCCUCUGCCCUCCAGCGUGAAUCGGCCCCGGGUGGACCUGCUCGUAUUUGUGAUUAAUCUUCACAGCAAAUACAGCCUGCAGAGCGUGGAGAAGUCCCUGCACCACGUGGACGCCAGCUUCUUCCUAGGGAAGGCGUGCUUCCUGGCCACAGGUGCUGGGCGGGAGAGCCACUGCAGCGUUCAUCGGAACACCGUCCUGAGGCUGGCCCACACCUACCGAAGCCCCGUGCUGUUCUGUGACCUGGAGGUGGAAGGCUUCCGAGCCACCAUGGCGCAGCGCCUGGUACGCAUGCUGCAGAUCUGUGCUGGCCACGUGCCCGGCGUCUCGGCCAUGAGCCUGCUGUCCCUGCUCAGGAGCUCCGAGAGCCCCUCCCUGGAAGACCUGUGAGGGCCUCUGGGCCUGGGGCUGCCCCCUCUCCCCCCAAGCAGCCUAAUGCCAGCUCCAGGAACAGUCAUGGUUGGGGAAGAGGGUCCUACCUGGUCCACGGUGAGCUGGGCAGGCACAGAGAGGGCCCAGCUGCUGAUCCAGCCCCACUCCCACGCUCCCCACAGCAGAUCGGGUCUCAUCGUCUGACACGAUACGUCUUCACUGAAGAGUUUGUUUAAACAAAGGGUCCGUGGCCAAAAACAGUUUGCAACCCCCGGGUGUCGCCCAGCACUGUCCCUUUGCAGGUGAGGAGCUGGGCCCUGCCCUGCAGAGCCUGCUGGUUGCUUCCUCGGGUGUGAGUGGAGAUGGUUCUGCUCACUUCGUGACGUGGGAUAUUUUUGGAUUUUUGAACUUUUUAAAAUUUAUUUUGAGAGACAGGAAGAGUGAGCUCCCAUCUGCUGGUCAGCUUCCCAGAUGCCCACAGUGGCCUGGCCAGGUCAGAGCCAGGGAUUCAAUCCAGGUCUGCCCUGUGAGUGGCAGGAGCCUAACAAGUGGGGUCAGAGGCCAGAGCCAGGUGUUAAACCCAGGUUAAACUCUGAUUUGGGACGCAGGAGACUGAACCUCUGCACUAAACGCCCGCCUCUCGCCGCAGGAUUGCGUGAAGUGAGGGUGAGGUCACAGACGACGCCCCAGCUUGCUGGAUGAUAUAUUUUGCCAUACACCGUGUUCACAAUGUCCUGUGCUGUGCCAGCCAAGCAGUCAGUGGACAGUAGCUAUUAUGUGAGAUUAUGCAAAGCUCGGUUCAAAAACAGGAGCGAGUCGGGAAUGACACCGCUAGCGUCAGGGGUUUGUGCGAAGGCAAGGGUUGGCAGCGAAGGAUUGUGGGCGGCACUGCCUGCCUUCUCCUGUGCGUCUUUGGCAAUUUUUGAAGAUUUUAUGUAUUUAUUUGAGAGACAGUUACAAACAGAGAGAGGGAGAGAUAAAGAGAUCUUUGGGUGUUUUUUUUUUAAGAUUUAUUUAUUUAUGGGGCCGGCGCCAAGGCUCACUAGGUUAAUCCUCCUCCUGCGGCGCCGGCAUCCCAUAUGGGCAUCGGUUCUAGUCCCGGUUGCCCCUCUUCCAGUCCAGCUCUCUGCUGUGGCCUGGGAGGGCAGUGGAGGAUGGCCCAAGUGCUUGGGCACCUGCACCCCAUGGGAGACCAGGAGGAAGCACCUGGCUCCUGGCUUCGGAUCGGCGCAGUGCCAGCCAUGGCAGCCAUUUGGGGAGUGAACUAACAGAAGGAAGACCUUUCUGUCUCUGUCUCUCUCUCUCUCUCUCUCACUAUCUAUAACUCUACCUGUCAAAUAAAUACAUAAAUAAUAUUUUUAUUUAUGUAUUUAUUUGACAGGCAAAGUUACAGAGAGAGAGAGAGGUCUUCUAUCUACUGGUUCACUCCCCAGAUGGCCACAAUGGCUGGAGCUGGGCCAAUCCAAAGCCAGGAGCAUCAUCCACGUCUCCCACGUGGGUGCAGGGGCCCAAGCACUUGGGCAAUCUUUUACUCCUUUCCCAGGCCAUUAACAGGGAGCUGGGAUACAAACCAGCACCCAUAUGGGAUGCUGGUCUGCUUAGCCUACGUCAAUUCGCCAUGCCCUCCCCAUACCCACUCCCCAUCACUCCCCCGGUCUCUGGGAAUUUGUAGAACUGCUGGGAUUGGACUCUAAAAUCCCAUCAGCCAGGUCAGGGCUCCUGCUGCUGCAGGGCAGGGGGCUUGGCAAUGGGAGCUCAGGGGAGGAGGUUCUGGUGGGAGACAUCGCAGGGCAGGGCCAGCGUUGAGAGCUGGGCCCUGGCCCUCCCCGGCCUCAGACCUCAGGACACUCCCUGCUUGUCGCCUGGGCAGAGCUGGCACCACAGGACCUCUCCUGUGACGGCUCCAUCACGGCCAGGCUCAAGCUCACGCCCUUCCCGGGAGGACGGCCGACUUGGGGUUCUUGGCGCUGUGCGAGCAGGGCCCUGGCAGCCUCAGAUGGGUCCCAGCAUGCUCAGUAAGGGUCCCAGAGCCCAGCCUAGGGUCCCAGCCUGCUCGUAAGGGUCCCAGAGCCCAGCCUAGGGUCCCAGCAUGCUCGUAAGGGUCCCAGAGCCCAGCCUAGGGUCCCAGCAUGCUCGUAAGGGUCCCAGAGCCCAGCCUAGGGUCCCAGCCUGCUCGUAAGGGUUCAGAGGCACCAGGCGAACUCAGGGCCACCUCGGGCCCGCUGACCGGCUCUGUAGACUGUUUGAGGCCCGCGUGUCGGCCGCCAUCUGUGGGCACGUCACGCCUCACAGAGCUCUUCCCACACAGCAGACUGGUGUUUCCUCAUUUCACGGUCCAGGAGGCCGAGACCACUGUGGCGGGGGCGUGGCCGCUGUCACUCUGCCCUCGCCCUCGCCUGUUUUCAUGUGUGUCUGGUUGCUGAACAGAGGUUGGGGCAUCUCCGCUGGCUGGCAGAGAAAGCUGCAGCUUUUGGCACAAGGGAGAAAGGGGCCACCCCGGUGUGGGGCGGCCACAGGCCAGGGACGAGGACUCCCCGGGACGCAAGUGUCUGCUGAAAGGGGUGGGUGAAGUGUGUUGGCCCCAGAGGCACAGGCAGUAUCAGCAGAGGCCCCGAAGCCUGGCCUCAGAGGACCCAAGGCUCCUAGGAACCAGCACUGCACCGGCCUUUCAGGGUCCCAGGCUGUAAGGGGUGUGGGGGUGGGGAAGUCUCGGGGAGCUGCAUCCUGAGCAGGACAGGCAGUGUGGACACUGUGCCACCUCUGGGACCUGUCAGGAGGAGCCCUCCCCCUCCCCAGCCAGCACGGGCACCUCAGGCCUCUGUGCCACCUGGUGCCAUUUAACAAGAGAAGCGGCGUCACAUUCUCCAGCCGAGGAGCUGGGAGCCUUCCAAGUUGCGGCGGAACGCGAUGCUCUCGCUGCUGCCAGCUCCCCAGCCAGCUUGGCAGGGGCCCUGGAACCACCAGGCCACCCUCUGCGGUGUGGGCUGGCCUGUCCCUGCCUGCAGAACUGAGCAAAGCCGAAGUGGCGGUCAGGUGCCCUCCGGACCUGUCCCCAGGAGGCUGGGGAUGGGUGGCCGGGGAGUGUGGUCCCCUUGUCCGUCAGGUGGCAUCGUGCAGGAGGAGCUUGCCUGAGGAGGGAGGGGGAGGCCGUUCCGCCAACAGCUUGCAGGAGUUGGUGCUUGGUGCUGGGGGGGGGUGGGGAGAGGCCAGGCGCGGCCACUUGCUGGUGGCCUCACCUCUGCAGGUCAGCUGCCUCAGUUCCCUUAUCUGCAGAAUGGGGCCAGCGUAACUCGUGCCUUCCACCUGCUGGCUGUGAACGUGUGCAGUGAAGAGGCCAUGAUUAAAACUGCAAGCCUCAGGUGGCCAGCAGUCACUGAUGGUGGCCGGAGAGCCGUGGUCACAGGUCCCAGUGGCCGGGGGCAGGCAGUCACUGACGGUGGCCAAGAGCCAUGAUCACAGGUCCCAGUGGCCAGAGAGCUGUGGGCACAGGUCCCAGUGGCUGGGGGCAGGCAGUCACUGACGGUGGCUGGAGAACCGUGAUCACAGGUCCCAGUGGCCAGGGGCAGGCAGUCACUGAUGGUGGCCAGAGAGCUGUGGGCACAGGUCCCAGUGGCUGGGGGCAGGCAGUCACUGACGGUGGCUGGAGAACCGUGAUCACAGGUCCCAGUGGCCGGGGGCAGGCAGUCACUGACGGUGGCCGGAGAGCCGUGAUCACAGGUCCCAGUGGCCGGGGGCAGGCAGUCACUGAUGGUGGCCGGAGAGCCAUGGUCACAGGUCCCAGUGGUUGGGUGGCCUGAGGCUGCUGCAGGCCAGAAGCUGGUGUGUGCGUGAGGUGUUCAGAGGGGCAGGGCUUGCUCAAGGUUGAAGGUUCAUUUGCUCCUCUGACCAUCCGGUUGUGGGCAGCCCCUGGGCCUGCCCCGGGGAGGUUACAGUCACUGUAGCAGGUGGCCCAGGCCCAAAUGCUCUCCCCGGUCUGGCGGUGUUUCCCAUCCUUGGUGAGGGGGCAGGGUUCUCCUGGCGAGGGUGGGGCACCAUGUCUCCUCCGCCUCCCCAGGGCCGGGGUGAGGGGAAGUGGUGUGGUGGGAAAGAACCCCACCUGUGCGUCCCACCACGCAGGGCUGUGGCUGACUCACAGGGUCAGAAAGCCUGUGCCCGCAUCCAACUCUGCACGUGCCAGGAGGGAACCCCUUCCCCUGCCACACACACACACACCCUGCCGCAGGGCUCCAGCCAGGGGACCAUUUUCAGAAAGCAUCACUGGCUUAGCCCCCUUGCGCUCCAGUCUCCUUGGGGCCAGAGGGUGCAGGCAGAGAAUCCUCGUGGAAGGACCUCCCACAGACACUUGGGGGCUGCCUGGGCCUGAGCAGCCCAAAUCUGUGACUCCUGCCUCAGUGUGGCACUGAAGACCAGGAGAGGGAGUAGCUGGGCAGUCCCCUGCGCCCCAGCCAGGACAGGAGGCAGCCUUCCCUGAGACCCUGAGGACCAGGAGGGAGUAGCUGGGCCAUCCCCUACGCCCCAGCCAGGACAGGAGGCAGCCUUCCCUGAGAGCACCCCCUAUGCUGGGGCAGGGGCAUCCGGAGGCUCCAGGAGCUCACGUUUGGUGGAUGCGUGGUCUGUGCCCCACAAGGCCGGCCCAAGAGGGGUCCCCCAGCACUUGGUGCUCUGUGAUGCUUGUCCACAGGCCAAGGGGCCAGACCUGAUCCCUCACACCUCCCACCCGCCAACUCCCUGUCAACCAUCUGCAGAUGGACAGGACCUCAGAGGUGUGCACAGUGUGGAGAGCCCACAGCUGCCUGGCCCACCCCUUCCUUUGCUAAGUAGGGCCUGUCUCGUCACUUUCCCACAAGGCGGUGGCCAGUGGUGUGAGCGUGGCGCGGGCUCGGGGUGUACCAGAGCCUUCUCGGACUCCCCUGUUUGAAAUCCCCCUAACUCCCUAGGGUCCACCCUUCGGGGGUUUCUCCCAGUACCUGGCACCCCUUGUUCCGCAGUUUAUGGUACUCUCCCUGUUUGGGUUUUGGCUCCGUGGUUCCCGGCUGCUCCCCCAGAACCUAAACCAGGGCCUGGCGCUGUGUGUGUUGUCGGUGUUUGGUGAAUGGUCAGAGGUGUCUGCCCGUGUUCCUGCCAUGUGCCUGAAUGAGGCCUGGGGGACAGCCCCCUCCCUGCCCCACCUCAUCUGACACCCCUGCUGCCUGGGCCCCAAGAGGAGGUGUGACCUCACAAGGAGAGCCCCAUGACCCCCAAGAGAGCAGUGGGGGCUGCCCUGGCCAGGGACCCUGUGCAGUGCUGGGUGGCGUGCAGACCUGUGUGUAUGUGUGACAGAGAGCGUGUGCAGUGCUAGGUGGUGUGUGAGCAUGUACCGGCACAGGGAGAGCGGUGCCUUGGUGAGCAUCUUGGGAGGGCCUGGGCAGGGUUCAGGUCCUCCGUGGAAGGGCCUUCCUGGCUUGGGUUCAGAGGGGCAGGGGGCAGGGAAGCAGGAGCUCCGCCUCUGGAUUCUGCUGCUCAGGACGCUGCAUAGUGCUGUGGCCACUCCAGUAUCCCCUGGGUGUCCAUCGGCCACGCCCUUGUUUGUCAGAGCUAAAUAGUGACGAGGGAGCUGGAGGCUGACACGGAGCACUCCAGGACCAGGCCAGAUGAGGGGGGCAGGGAGGCCGGCCGGGCAACCAUACCAGAUGACCCCACUUAGGAAAUACCAAAAACAUCCUUUUCCUGCUCGGACAGAGGGCCACGAGGUGAAAACAGGCCCCUUACUCAGAGAUGUGUGCCGUCCAGGGCGUGUGGGAAACAGGCCCAUACUCAGAGACGUGUGCCGUCCAGGGCGUGUGGGAAACAGGCCCAUACUCAGAGAUGUGUCCAUCCAGGGCGUGGGGGACGCCGGCAGAGCUACAAAUAAAGCACAUUUGGAAGUUCAGGGCGCAUCCUGGGUCUCGGCAUAGUUUCACAUCCAGAUCCGGGGGCUGGGCCGCCCCGCCCCCAGGGACUGCCCCCCACGGCACUCGGUGCCCUCACUUCCCCCACCCGUCCCGGAAGCAUGAAGGGGUACAGGUUGCACUUCAUGGUCAGGUGGACCCAGGCCCCGCAUACCUGCCGGCUCACGGGAGGGCCCUGCACCCUGAGAAACUUUCUCAGGGCGUUUGCGGGGGAAUUUGGGGGACGGAGAUCGAGGGAGACUCCCUUUUCCCUGAGAGACGCAGAAUUAAUCAUCGUUUUUCAAAGCGUGCUAGGAGGCGGAUUCAAUCGAAAGGAGUUUCAGCAACCAAGCCCCUCGCUUCCUACUCAAGAACACAUUGAGGUCGUAACUUAUUUGAAAACUUGAAAAUUUGCAAAAACCACAUUGAUUUUAGAAAGUUUAACCCUCCUCUCUGGUCGUCAGUGCCAUAGGAGAGCCCCGGGCGGUGCCUGCCCAGGGCUCCACGCUGCCUGGUACCCCUCGCCCUGGGCGGCUCCAGCUGCUGGCUACUCCCGAGUUGCGUCCUUUACGAUAUACUGGUAAUAAUUUGAAAGAAAAGUGGGGAUGGCCGUUUGGUCUGGUGGUUAAGACUCCAGAGCCCCAGCCCUGGCUCCUGGCUCCCACUUCCUGCUGAUGUUGACCCCCGGGCGGCGGCGGCAGUGUUGGCUUCAGUAAUGAGGUCCCUGCCACCCACGUGGGAGACCUGGACCGAGUUGGCCCAGGAUUCAAGCCCGGCCAGAGGCCACUGCGGGUGUUUGAGGAGUGAACCAGUGGAUGGAGGCUCUGUCUGUCUCAAAUUAUUUGAAAAAAAAAAUUUUUUUAAUGACAUAGAAGACUUGAAUAAAGAAAGUAUUGAUUUGAGCUGUUUUUAAAAAGUACAUUGAGAGCCAACAAUUUCACUGACAUGGGUGAAGUCUCUUCUGAACCACUAAGUCCCCAGCAGAGGUUAGGGCUGCCACAACCCCGUUGAGGGGGUCACAGUGAGAAGGUCCGAGGCCAGGCCCCUUGCUGGUCCAGGCCUCGUCCUGGGCACUGGCUGGUUGCGGGCACGCAGGGUGCACCCCGUACACAU